AUGAGUCUCAAUCUCCCCAUUCGAACGAGCUCCAGCAGUCAGCGAAACCAGGCCAGCAGGAACUACUUUACGAACUAUACACCCCCCUCUUCGACCGAGGCCAUCAAUGGGCCUGUGAGAGAGCCUGCGAGGGAGCUUCUUCCUCCUGCUGACCGUCUCAUCGUUGGCGUGGACUUUGGCACCACUUUCUCAGGAGUCGCCGCGGUCUACACUGGUACCCCCGAUGACAUUGAGAUCAUCAAGACGUGGCCAGGAGGCAACGGCAUCACCUCCGACAAGGUGCCCACCGAGAUCGCCUACACCUUUCCUUCUACUCCAACUUCGCCUUCCGUGUCAUCCUCGUCAACUCCCACGCCAGGAUCAGGCCCGGGUCAGACGCCAGCAUCUCACUCAGGCUCCGGCGGUGAGGGGAACCCGACAAUCAAAUGGGGUUUCCAAUUCCGCCCCGAGGAGUCGCGCCUCCGCUGCAUCAAGCUCUUCCUCGAUCGGUCCCAGAAGCUUCCCUUCUACGUCUCCCCCCUCGACACGGCCGCCCAGCUGCGCAGCUAUGACAAGACUGUCAUCGACGCCGUGAGCGACUAUCUCACACAGAUCUACGCCCACACCAUGGACACCCUGACGAGGCGCUAUGGCGAGUCCUUCAUGGCCUCGACCAAGGUCGACUGGGUGCUCACCUGUCCCGCUGUCUGGUCCGAUGCGGCAAAGAACACGACGCUGCAGGCCGCUGAGCGGGCCGGUAUGGGCGAGAAGUCCGAGAUCCAGAUGAUCAGCGAGCCUGAAGCGGCUGCAGUCUACACGCUCAAGGCCAUCCAGCCGAAUCACCUGAAUGUGAAUGACAAUUUUAUUGUCUGCGAUGCUGGUGGCGGAACCGUCGAGUAA